UACACAAUAGUCAGUAAGUCAUAAUGUGUAUUAUUGAUUACAUUUUAUCUUUAAAACCAAUCAAUGAUACUUGAAAUUAUACAAUAGAACUUAUGUCGUUAUAUUGUGUAUUACUUUUACAUUUGAUUUUUAUAAUUUAAUCGUAUCACAAUAGAUGGUAAUUAAGUCAUAUUGUGUAUUAUCAAUUGCAUCUAUAUUUAAAUAAGUCAUGAAUGUUUUUUACAUCUUAUUUCUAUCAUUCAAUCAACGUGUUAUUUCAAUUAUCUUCACCUGUUACAUAUUAGAGCUAUGACACUAUUUAUGCCAGUACACAAUCAAACGUAGUAGAAGAAAAUCGAUCUGUGAGACAAGAUGAAGGCAAUGAACAUGAACUAGCACAAGAACAUCAAUUGGCAAGAGAUAGUCAGCAAUCAGAUGAAUUAGCAAGAGAUGAUGAAUCAGCAAGAGAUGAUGAAUCAGCAAAAAAGGAUGAUCAAAAAGGUGAUGUACAUGUUGCUGGAAUAAAGUCAUUUUUAAUUCAAAAUAAUCUUCCACAAUUACUCAAUUGGGAAGAGUAUGGUUUGAGGAUAACAGUACCAGAAGGAGCUGUUUCACCUUCCGAAACCAUUGAAGUAUCCAUUACUGCUCUUGUUGGUGGAGAGUUUAUAUUACCAAAGGAUUCUGAGCUAGUCAGUGUUGUGUACACUAUAACUGUCUCCAAGCCUCUACUGAAACCAGUUCAGCUUGAAAUACAGCAUUGUGUUUCAAUUGAAACACCAUCUCAUGCAAAUAAUCUCAGUUUUGUUACUUCUUCUAGUGAUCGUUGUCCUUUUGAAUUUCAAUCGGUACACAAAGGAAGUUUUCCAGUUGGUUCUCGGUAUGGCAGUAUACUCAUCCCUGAAUUUUCUCGAUGGGCCAUUGUCCGAACCAUUCGGGGCUGGUUAAGAAAAUUGCGCCACUCAAGUCGAAGUGUAUCUCCUCAAUCUAUGGGAAAUGAGAAUCCUUUUAUGCAAGAUGUACUGCCUGUCUUACAGUUUUUUGUUCAGCCAUUGUAUGAAAAUAAAAGGCUGGGAAGAGAAUGGCUGCUGAUGUUUCUAUUUGGUAGGGAUCUCAAUGCAAUAAAAAUGUACAUGAAGGAUGAGUUCAACAGGUCAAAAAGUGACAAAGAAUUAUCCUUUCAGUUUGAGAGUUCUGAGGGAUUUAUUGAGAUAGACACUGAUACAGAGAACUGCAGUGAAGGCUGGUCUAUAAGACCUCAUCAGGAAAACCCCACCCAAGUUAGUCAAAGUAUCAUUGAUAUAUAUGGGCGAAUGAAUCCUCCAUGUUUUCCUCAUUGUCGUUUCACAAUCACUGCUACUCCUGGUAGUACUACCGUUAAUCCUGAAUUAAAGCAUCCUGUAACAUUCAGGGGAAUCAUAUCUAACAAUACAGUGUUUAACAUUGUACUGUCAAUAGAUCAGCAAUCUCCAGAAGAAAUUUUAAGAAAAUAUAAGAAGGACCUUUCUGAGAAGAUGCCUCAACACAUAGACAUUAUUGUUGAUGAAGUCUUCUCUUCAGACUACAUAAGCAUUGACGAUGAAACUCGUGACGCAUGCAGGGCUAAUACAGAUACUUUGCUUAAAGUUCUUGCUGACAUCAUCAAUCAACCAGGUGUGCUGACAGCAUUGAUAGAUAUCCUGAAAAAAGUUCAAGCACUCAAGCCUAUAGCUGAAAAUAUGGAACAUGAAUAUAAUUUUACUUGACUUUUUGCUUUGUUAUUACAUACACCAUGCUGUUACAAUACAAGUAGCGUAUAAUAGAUAGAAAUUUUGGUAGAAAAGGUUUGGUAAAUUGAGGUC